GUAUACGAACCCCUGCUAUGUGCCGAGACGCGCCCCCAGCGCAUCGCGGCAAUGCACGGCCAGUACAGCCAGCAACAGCAGCCGCCUGCGGCGCUCGGGGGCUUCGGCUCGGCAAGAGCUGCGGCGGCGCGGCCUCCAGUAGCAGCAGCUGCAGGCAAGGGCCGCACCGCCGCCGCCCCCUCGGCACCCCGGCAUCACCAGCAGGUGACCAGGUGCCAGGCGCACCAGCAGCAGCAGGCGCUGGCCCCUCAGCUGCUGGUUGCAGCAGCCCCCGCCGCUGCCUAUGCUGCAGAGCCGGCAGCAAUCCAGCACGAGGCGCUACGGGUUUUCGGUGGCGGCAGUCAAGGCUACGGCGGCGGCGCUGGUGGCGGCGGGGGCGGCCUGCAGCUGUCAGCUCUGUUGGCGAGGCCGCUGCGGCUGCGCAUCGGCCCCGACCACCGAGGGCGUGUGUCCUGGGACGACGGCACCGAGCCCAGCCUGCAUCUGGAGGAAGCUGCAGCCGUGUACAGCCGAAGCAGCAGCAGGCUAGCUGGAGGCCGCGGUGGCUACGGCGGCGGCGGCGCGGUGGCGGCUGGCGCCGCCGCUGAGGGUCUCUGUGGCGAAGGGGACCUGCUGAAGAUGCUUCCGGCCAGCCUGCGGAGUCAUGUGCGAGACGCCGCCCGCCGUCACGGCAGCAGCGCAGCUGCUGGCGGCGCCUCCGCCUCCUCCGCCUCCCCCUCCUCAUCCGCCUCCCGCUCCUCUUCCACCUGUUCCUGGCUGGUGGUGGACGUGGCGGUGGACGAGGGGCGGCCGGUGCAGGUGACCUUUGCGGACGGCACCAAGACACGGCUACCGGCGGGCGUGCAGGUGUCAAUUGAGGAGGCGCUGCGGGUGCUGCAUGGCUACGUCGCCCGGGCACGGGGGCAGCGGCAGCAGCAGCAGCAGCAACACCUGCAGUGGCUGGAGGCGCCUACAGGAGCGCUUGCCAAUGACGGUAGCACGCAUGGCGGUGGCAAUGGUGGCGGAGCCGGGGACAGGAAGCAUGGCGCGCCGCUGCGAGAAGACACAACAGAGCACCUGCGGAAGCGCGCCCGGCUCUCGCGGCGCCCGCCGCCCGCGUUCGGUGGCGGCACCGGCCCCACCGCCACUAACGCAGCCGCCACCGUAGCCCCUGCGCGGCACUCGCACGGCAUCGACCGCUUUACCACUGGCGGGUACCGCGGUGACGGCGGGGCGGAGGCUACGCACUGGCAGCAGGAUGCCGAGGAGCUGAAUGAGGAAGAGGAGGAGGAGGAGGAAGAAGAGGAGGAGGAGGAGGAGGAGGAGGAGGAGGAGGAGGAGGGGGAGGAGGAGGAGGACGGCGACUGGGUUGCGAGGGAUGUCGAGGCGUACCAGCAUGAGCCGGCGGCGCACCGUUAUGGUGAUGAAGAGGUCGAUGCCUCCAUGCGAGGGGAGGACGAGUAUGGGGAGGACGAGUACGAGCAGGAGGAGGAGGACACAGAAACGCUGCGGCCACUGGCUGGUGGUGGCGGCCGCCGACUUGCAGGCGGCGCCGCCGGUGGCGGCGCUGCUGGCAUUGGAGCGGUGUGGCGGUGGCAGGAGGCCGCCGGGGGGCAACUUGCAGCACUAGCGGCGGUGCCGGUGGGGCCGCCGCCGUUGUUUGGCAGUGACGGGCGCUGCUGCCCGCCCGGCACACUGCACAGGAUCAGCGCCGUCCGCGAGCCUGGGUCGGGCGCGGUGGUGGGUCUGACAUACCGCCUGGGCCGCCACGUGCCCGGAGUGGCGGCGGCGCUGGCGGACGUGCUGUCAGACCUGGCGGGCCGGGGCCGGGGGCGCGACGGCGAGCCCAAUGCGGCGAGCAUGGCAGGCUCGCUGCUGCUGCUUGGCCGCCCCGGCGCGGGCAAGACCACACUGCUCCGCGACAUCGCCCGCUUCCUGGCGGACGACCUCGGGCUGAGCGUGGUGGUGGUGGACACAAGCAACGAGAUUGCGGGCGGUGACACCGUGCCGCACAGCUGCAUCGGCAGCGCGCGGCGGCUCAAGGUGGGGCGGCGGGACCAGCUGCAGGCGGUCAUGUUGGAGGCGGUGCAGAACCACGGGCCACAGGUGGUGGUGGUGGACGAGCUGGGCAGCAGGCAGGAGGCGGAAGCGGCUCGCAGCAUCUCGCAGCGCGGUGUGAUGCUUGUGGCGACUGCGCACGGCACCGACCUGCGCUCCAUCAUGGGCAACCCCGACCUCAACAGCCUAGUGGGAGGAAUGCAGACUGUCAUCCUGGGCGACGCAGCGGCGGGAGCCGCGCAUGGCGGUGCCAAGACGCGGACGGAGCGCCGCGGCGAGCCCACUUUCAGGUGCCUCGUGGAGGUGCAAGGCCGCGGAUUGCUGCGGCUGCGUCCGGACGUGGCUGCCAGUGUAGAUGCAUUGCUGGGUGAUGAUGACGCCCGCACCGGCGGCGGCCCUGGCGGCGGCGGCGGCCGUAGCAGCCUGCCCAACGCAGCAGUGGGCUCCGGCGGCCACCGCCUGCUGUCACCGGGAAGCCUGCUGCUGUGUGUGAACGGUGGAGGCAGCAUCGGUGGCCGUAAUGGUGCAGCGGCAGUGGCGGCAGCGGACGCAGCAGGGCGGCAGCAGGAGCAGCGGCGGGUGCAGGAGGCGGAACGGCUGCUGCCGCCAGGGGGGCCGCCGCUGGAGCAGCUGCGCUGGAGCCGGCAGAAAGGAGCGGGGGCGCACGCAGCAGAGCCGUGGACUGCCGGUGCAACAGACCCAGGACUGUGUGUGCGGCUGCUGCUGCCCACAGCGGAUGCCACCUGGUCAGCAGCACACUAGCCGCGAGAGCAAUUGACUGCAUGCCCACGCACCUUGGCAUCAUCUGUGGCGGCCUGCGCUGUGCGUGGCUGAAUGAACGUCACGGUGUGGCAACCCGUGUCGUACAUAGUUCAUCGGAAAUAAUUGUCUCCGGCUUGGGUAGAUGGUUUGCUGAAUUGCUGGCUGUGCCAAAUGCUUCCUUGUCAUACUGCUGUGCUGGUGCGGUCGGUACAGACCGCUCCUCAUUGCUAGCUACACAGGGUGCGGCGGGUAGGUGGACCUUGAGGUGGACCGUAGUUACCACUGCUUGCCAUGAUCCCGGUCGGUCCGUCGCUCAA